GCCAAGCGUGGACAUAUAUGGGUUGGGACCGCAUGUCGUAUGAUUGGCUUUGACCUAGAAGACAAAAGGAUUAUCUCAGCAACUAUGCAAGACUGUCCUAUGCCACCGGAUAUUGCAUACCAAUACACCAUCUACUUGAGUACAUUCAUAUACGACACUCUCUGGAGUCUACACCUUAGGCAGCCGAGAGCGAUAUCACUUUCUAUGCUGUGUACCGUCCGAGAUUCAGCCCCGAAAUCUACGCAAAACAGAAUGCUUCAUGUUUGGGUUGACCUCUGUGUGCAUAUCGCCGAAGUAAGCGAUAUCAUGACGACGUCCCUCCCACUAGAUAGCCAUUCUAGGGUCCAUAUCCUACAAAUAGAACAGCGUCUCCAGAGCCAUUAUGAUGCACUCCCUCCUGAUCUCUCCGCAUCAGUCGGAGAGCUUGACAUGGCGGGAUAUACGUAUCACAUCCAAUUUCACUGUGUGAAAAUUGUACUGCAUCGCGCGCUGCUCCAAUCGACACUCGAACAAGACCACGAGAAUGCUGCUCCGACUAACGACACCUAUCGAUAUACUCGGUCGAUUUCGCCGAAGGUUAUCUACGAAAGCGCCGUCCAUAUAACCAGUUUAAUACUCACCUACAAGCAAAUCUUUGGCCCCGAUAAGAUGGUCCCGCUCAUGGUGUACAGUAUCUACAUGGCAGCUACCUCUCUCGUCAGCCACGUUCGUUCCCUUCACGGCCUCGGUGCUCCUGCUGACCGUGACGAGAAACGCAUUCGUCUCUUGAUCGACACGCUCACUCAGAUCCGAGCGCACUUUCCCGUCGCCUCUCGCAUGUGUCAGACCAUAAAGGAGAGUUUUGGGGCCCCUUCAUUUGGUUAUACCAGCCCGCUUGGCCAAAGACAGAUCAGAUCAUCCACACGCAACAGUGCAACAUUGCAGAUUAAUGGCUCGGGAAUCAUAUCGCCGCUAGGGAAUUAUGUGCCCGGAAUAUCUUCGGACUCCAGUUGCAUGGAUGAUGGGCGAUUCUCCAUGGCUUCCUAAUCCAAAUGUGAGACACCGGCCGUUUUUUCUGUCGUUUCUAGACCAGUAGAUUUACUGGGAGUCCC